AUGGUUAGUGACCGAUCGCUUGGAGUGUCCCCGCUGCAACGGAGCUAACACUCUCCCGGUUGUCAUGGCCGACCGCAUCGCAGCCUGUCCCCUUCGAAGCCUUGAUCCCCUUUGGUGCGUCUAUUCAUGCCAGGCAGCCAUCCUAGCACGAUGCACGAUGCACGAUGCACGAUGCACGAUCUAUGGGCUCAUCGCUUCCACCCACCUUGAUUUCCCACAGGCCUGUUGACGGUCAUGUUCGCCGCGACGGGCACGCUCUUCUCCGCCGCUCGUCGAAUGACCAACGAUGGCAAGGUACGACCGAUCCACUUCACACGGUGCAUUACAUGGCGCUCUAUUCUAUACUGAUUACCAGGAUUCUCGCACCUAGCCCGCGCGGCACACCUUGGAUACGUGGGACGUCAACAUGAUGGAGCGCGAUCGACGAUUGACCGGCAGUCUGCGAGGACAGUCUGUACGUUCAAUCACAGGCAUACCACUCAUUCAGAAAUGCUCUCACGCACUAACGAAGCACCUCCUUUCACCUGCUCGAUCCGCCCAUCGCCUCCCGACUCAUCCCGCGGCGACAUUCCACCACCGCUCGACCGCCUGGAACCACCUCCUAUCCGUAUCCCGACGCGCACACACAGACCGAGCCCAAAGCCCCGAAAGCGUUCGCCACAAACUCCAUCUGGGAGACGGAGAAAGUCAACAGCCCUUUCUUUUAG